AUGAUUGAUAACAAAGAAGGAAUUGUUGAAGACGUGCAUGGUGACAAAAUCGUUGUCCGAUAUGAGAAAGUAUCUGUACUUUUUGAUGGAGUUUCUACGAAGAAAUUUGCUGUUAACGAUAUUGUAACAUUUUCAGCCGAUUCUGCGCUUCCCUCUGAUCAUACAAUUUUUCAAAAGUUUUUCAAAAACUCCAAAAACCUUGAAUUUAAAGGAAAAAAUAUCAAGUUGAAGAAGAAAGCGCACAUUGCAUACGGAAAAGGUAUUGUUGUUGAAGUUCGUCAGAAUUUCAUGAUCGUGCAAUGGGAUGAAGUCUUUCCAAAUAUUAAAAAAAAUAACCACAAAGUGUUAUGCCUUCCUUCUGCGAUGAGACCAAGGCGCGAUAAUGUUAAUUCAGAAUUUAAAAUUGGAGAUAUUGCGCAGUUUUAUGCAUAUGAGCAGCCUCCAUCUCGUUCGAUGGCCAGUUGGCGCGCGAAAAUUUUUACCCACGAAAGCAACAAAAUUAUUGAGGAGGUUGUAAAUAACCAAACGGUGUACACAGUCGAGGAAAAACAAUCGAAAAGUUCGAAACUUGAAGUUGUCAAAAAUGGAAAUGCGGCACCAUCCCUUCCUUUGACUAAUAAGCCGCCUCCGGUAGCCGGUUAUGAUUUCAAUGAUUGCUCGGAAAAGGCUUGCGAAGCCCGAUUUAAUGCGUUUGUUGACAAACUGCGCAUCGAAUCACCGGAUUCGAUUUUACUUCGAGAUGGUUUUGGAAUACUCCUUCAAUUGAAAUAUUUAAAGGAAGUUCAAGAAACCAUGCAAGCUCUCAGUGUCGCAGAUUUUCUCUAA